GGGCGAGCUGCUACCACACCGCGAUAGCAGUCAGACGGUACAAGACUGGGACGGUCCAAACCUGAAGCUCUCUAUCUUCCGUUCUGAUAUAAUGCCCUCUUUGCGCAUAAUUCUGCAGUGCUUGCACACACGGUUUGCUCCCAACACUGGUCAUGUUCACUUCUACUUCGGAAAGCUACAAGCACCGCUUCGCAUGGUUGAUGGUGAGCUGGAGUAUAAGGAGAAGCACGGAGUCAUCGACUUCUACCACGACUUCGACCAUAACGACGAGUACUGCGACAUCACUCUAGGUGUGAUUACGGUGGAGCAACCAAUUUACGAGUCGGGCACCUGGCGAAGCGCGACUUCUCCAACACUGCGAGUGAAGUGCGGCUGAUCGAGCAACUCGAGGAUCUUUGCGAGCCAUGCGAGAAGCGUGUAAUCAGGCUCCGCAUCGUCCGCACCGAUGAAGAGCGCCAAGCUCGAGC